AUGCCACAGGUUGCUAUCAAGCUGAUCAAGCGAGACAAUGUGGGCAACAACCCCUCCAGGCUGGCCAAGAUUUAUCGUGAAAUUGCCAUCCUCCGCGGCAUCUCGCACCCCAACAUUGUUCGCCUGCACGAAAUGGUCGAGACUGAGCGACAUAUCGGCAUCAUUCUGGAGUAUGCCUCUGGAGGAGAGUUAUUCGACUACAUCCUGAACCAUCGCUACCUGAAAGACAACGCCGCUAGGAGACUGUUCGCUCAGCUCGUCUCGGGCGUUGGCUAUCUCCAUAAGAAGGGCAUUGUCCACCGAGACCUCAAGCUCGAGAAUCUGCUGCUCGACAGGAACCGAAACAUUAUCAUCACCGACUUUGGAUUUGCCAACACAUUUGAUGCCGAGGAGGAAUUGAACCAAGAAGAAGAGCUUAAUCUGAGCGAUAGGGAAUUCGUCAAGAGAGCUGGCCUAGACAAGGUCAAAGCCAAUGGCACGAGGAAGGGUGAUUUGAUGCAGACAAGUUGCGGCAGUCCUUGUUACGCAGCUCCCGAGUUGGUUGUCAGCGAUUCCCUAUAUACGGGACGCAAGGUUGAUGUCUGGAGCUGCGGUGUGAUCCUUUACGCCAUGCUGGCUGGAUACCUGCCCUUUGACGACGACCCUGCCAACCCCGAAGGCGACAACAUCAAUCUGUUGUACAAGUAUAUCGUCAACACGCCUCUAACCUUCCCCGAAUACGUCACGCCGCAUGCCCGCGACCUGCUCCGACGAAUCCUAGUCCCCAACCCUAGAAAGCGAGCGGAUCUAUUCGAGGUGGCGCGGCACAGCUGGCUCAGCGAAUACGCUCACGUUGUGGAGUUCAUCACCAGCAGCACCACGACGCCCGGCGAGAUCCAGAACACAACUGUUCCGGCGGAGGACGACAAGCCCAUGGUCGCGCGUAGCGCAUCUGUCCGCGAGCCUUCAAGAUCUUCCAAAGCAUCCGGCCCCACGUCGGUGGGAGGCCUGGCCUCCAAACAUGGCAAUAUCGACCCCGAAGCCGAAAACGCCAGCGCGAAACCGACCCAAGCCAAGGAUUCGAAGCGUCGCACCGUUCAGGUCGAGUACGUUGCACCGACCACACAAACGCAGCGCGGAGAAGCUGCCGCGCAAUCUCCCGGCCGAGGCAAGUCGAGAGCUCGUUCAAGCAGCCAAGGGCCUGUCGAAGUCAACAAUAGCCCGAAGGAUAAACCUCUUCCACGCGACCCACCAGUCUCGAAGGACAGUUAUUCCAAGUCGAGCCGACAGAACACAAGGCCCCCGAGUGCUUAUCGCAACAACGUACCAGCAACUACGAGGCCUGGUCGCGAUACCCGUUCCACGUCCGACAAUGUUUAUAUGACGACCGGCGGGCGACCGCAGACGGGAGGAUCCAUGACUUCGUCAGGGUCCAUGGGACUUGGCAGUGGUGCUCGCGCCUCGUAUGGCCAGCCAAUCCCUCCAUCGGUUGCGGGCACAAACGUGCAUGGCAGCAUCCAGCAGCCCAACGCACACGAAGCGCAGACCAUGGGACACCCCAGCGUCAGUGCCGUCCCCCCCAAGUUCGCCCGCGUCUCUGGUUUUGAGCAUGGCAGUGAGAAGCCUGGUCCUUCGCCGACCAGUGAAGGCAGGGGUCACCGACGAUCCAGCACUCUCACAGAUAUUGGCUCCAAGCUCCUCGGACGCAAUGGAUCCAUGUUUGGUGGUAAGAACAAGAGGCGGUCUGAGCACCCGAGCGAGGAUAAAUCGAGGAAGUACCCGCCCGUCAGCAUGCCCAACAACAUACCUGGCAGUGGUGAACCCCGAGCCUCGAUAGAUUCGAGAGCCUCGCGCCGGUCCUUCUCCUUGGGGUUCGGUAAGAAGCGCAGCGGUAGCAUCAGCGGUUCUCAUACAUCCCUGGAGAAGCCUCAGAACCCUCGACGAUUCUCGCUGCUUCCGCAGUCAUUUUCUAGGGCGAUGGGCAUCAACAAAGACUCUGGAAGCCCCCCGCCCGACUCUCAGAUGUCUCAACAAGACCUUCCUAUCCAGGACCCUGCCGAGAUGGACGACCAAAGGAGAUACGGCGAUCGACCAGUACAGUCUCGUGGCCAGGCCGCUUACUUUGAUGGCGCCGAGUACGACUCAAGUUACCAGCGCAAUCACGAGCAGCCGCAUUCCCACUCGGAGCCGAUGCUGCAGCAGCAAUCGUACCAACCUCGUGUUUCUUCACAACACACUCGCCAGGCCAAUGCCAUUCCUCCGCACAUGCAGCAGCAGCAGCAGCAGCAAGGAUCGGUGCUCAACACGGGCUCUGACUCUUCUCUAGAGAGCCAGCAGCAUCGCAGACAGGGCAGCGUGCCGUACCAAGCGGGUGGCUUUUCCGAGUCAGACGGCUAUGACGGGCGCAAGCCCCUCGGCGCAAGAAACAACCGCGGCUUCUUGCAGAAGCCCAAUAAGAAGUUUACCGACGCCUACGAUCAAGACAACUACCAUCAUGGCCACGAGGGCAGCAGUGGUGCGGCCAAACGGGUCAUGGACUUCUUCCGGCGGCGUGGCAAGGCGAGAGGUGGCGAGGAGAGGUAG